AGUAGUUCAUGUUCUCCUGCAGGAUGAUACAGAAGCAUAAGGACAAAGCUUUUGAACAAUUAAGUGCACAGAUGAAUGAGACAUUUAAGAUUGAAGAUGAUCGUCUUGCUAGAGGAGCUGCAGAGGUAGAAGUUGAGUACCAAAUUCAAAACAAAGAGAAAGAAACUAAAAAAAAGGCUGCUAUUGAAUCUAUUGAAGAACACAGAGUCAGUGUGAUGAAGUUGAAAGGGGAAAAGGAGAGACAGGAGAAAGAAGACAACGAGAAGGAUCGUAAUCAGUGGAUGACAGAAAAUGGCAUCUACCUGGAAAUGGAAAAAGCCAAGAAACAAAGACAGCGUGAUGCAAACAUGGAAGUACAAAAAAUUCUGCUCCAGCAAAUGGCUGAAAAGCAGGCAAGAAAAGAGCAGGAAAAGCAAGCAGACUUGGACUACGAUGCUCAGAGAGAGGGUGCUUUUCAUCAGGAUCGAGCAUUUCGGAGAUAAAGACAUGCUCAUUUUAUUACAUGAAGCUUUUUUUCAGCAAGCAGAAAGAAUGGCAACUUUUGUAAAAGCCUUUUGAUGGCAGAAGCUGGAGCCUUAAGAAGUAUUGACUACAGCAGGAGUGGUGCUGAAACCUGCAGAGCUCGAUAAUGCUCCAAAUGCAUCCCUAAGUGCAAAUUUGCACAUGCUCACUACUAUGCAAUUGGUGAGUUAAAUGGGUUUUUAGUCUACCUCCACAGCAGCAAGAACAAGGUGGAUUGCAGCCUCAUUUCCUACUCAGCUUCCAGGAAUGUCCUGUUCUGCAGAUCACAUAUGUCUGCAUUUGAAGUCUACAGCCUGCUUCCAUCAGGAAAUCCAGAAAACCCAUCAAACUCCAGUAUCAGAAAACUUUUCAUUUCAGUAUAUUGAGUAAAAUGGGAAUCCCAUGUAAUUUUAAAGCAUGUUGGCUAAAUAAGGAUUUAUUUACCCAAAUUCAGCAUGAAAAAAAUGCAGCAGCAAUUACGAUCUCAAUUUAUUCUAUUGACUCUGAGAUGCCCAUGCUUUGUAUGCUUAUUUUAAAUAACUAAUUCUAGUUAGUGAUUUUCUGUAAAACCUGUAUAAAGCAUAGUAUGAUGACACUAGAUCAGAAUGGCCAGAGGUGGUGGAAUGUUGCUAGUAAAAGGUGUCCAGUGUAAAGCAGAAGGCUGGUCUAGCAGCUCACCAGAGUCCUUUUCAGCUGCCAUUGAAAGAUGGUAACAAAACAGAGGGAGAUGAACUGUAGUUGAUAAAAAGUGGAACUGGAAGAACCUACUUAGUGAGAGGUACCUCUCAUUUAAUGCCUAGGGCCACUCUUGUAUUAGUUAUUAGCUGGAGUCACUGAUCCUGAAGGUAUUUAGAUGUGUAGAUGGUUCUUAGGGACAUGGAUUAGCUAGUGUUGGACUUCAGUACUAGGUAAAGAGCUAGACUUGAUCUUAAAGGUCUCUUUCAAUCUAAAUUAUUUAUAAAGUUUUAAUAGCUAGUAAAUCAGAAAAUGCUUUAAGAAAUAAUUUGACUAGUAAACUUUAAUUAUUGGUUUUGCUCUAAAAAGCAUCCACUCAGAUAUUGCAGCAGAUAAGAGUCCUAAUAGCUAUUAGCCUGAUUUGAAGAUCAAGACCUUAGAAAUGCAAGGCAACCCUAAGAGGGACUGAAACAGAGACCUUAAAUCAAACUGCAUUUUUUCCACACCUGUGAUCCAACUCUGUAAGUAGAACAGCAACUUUAGUUUGAACCUGUGGGCCUCCAGUGUCUAACAUGGUACUCUGACAAACAGUAUUUCAACUCAUACCUGUGUGGCAGUAGACAUGUAAGAGAGUAUUAUUUUCAUGGAUCUAAUUCAACUCUUACCUAGGGAAUGGAAGAGAAGAGCUCUCUAAAAUGCCUUAUAUCCUAAGGGAAUUUGAAUUAACUGUGCAGCUCUUUAUUGUAGGUAGUGUUCCAGGUUGGUGUUAGAUCUGUGCAAGUUCUUUUAGCAUGACAGUCUUUGUUACCAAUUAGCUCUGAGGAAGUUUGAAGAGGAUACAUACCUGGAAACAAAAUUGUCCAUGAACAGAAGAGCUGGCACCAUGAUGGGACUAUUAAGGAUGAACAUUUUCACAUCCCAAUACAAACUUGCUCUAUACUUCUGAAAAACAAAAAAAAAAUUUUUAAAGCUUAAUUUUCAUGUUAGGUCAAAUAAUUUACUCUGUUUCAACAGCUAAAUUCUUUCAAAUGUCUGUUAUUAACUUAGGCCUUCCUGUUAUCUCUUGAAUGGAACAGUGCUGUAACUAGUCUGUAAUCUUCCUCCUUGUUCUGGCAGUGCAUUCUUGUUUCUGAUACUGAUCUUCCUUCCUGUUCUGGCAGUGUAUUUCUGAAAAACAGAAAAUUCAUUACCUCUAAAUAGCAUGCAAAAAUUCCCAAUAUCAGUGAAGGCCAAGACUUUAGAGGGAGAUGAAUGUGAGAUAUUCAAGAAAACUGUAUGAGAUGUCUCCUUUGGAAUUAUCUUAAUUUCUUUCUGUUUAGAAUAAGUUGUGGUAUAGGCUUUGUUAAGCUUGUAAUGUGUGAAGUCAUUGCUUUCACACACUGCACUGCCAUCACUUUAACCUAAGCUUCUUUUUGUCUUGGUAUAUCAUGGCUUUGAUAUUACCGUGUAUUUAAGUGAAUAACGAAUUAUUCAAAUCUGUUCUCUGAUCUGGUAAACCAAUCUCUCUCUAGUAAGCAUUCUUAAAGCAGAGCUGUUUGUAGCUUGUUGACACGGUCUUGCAUAAACCAGCAUAGCACUUUGUUUUUUCUGUGGAUUGCCUCAGCUCCCAUACAUUACCCAGAGAAAUUAACAAUUCUGUUGGGCACUGCAGGCCCAGGAAAAUUCAACACCGCAUAUCUGUUAACAUAAUAAUUGCACGCCCCUUCCCCAGUGAGUAGCAUCUGGUCUGAUUCCUUUUCUGUGUAAAAGGAAAAUAAGCAAAGGUUAGAAAGAAAAAGCAGCAUGUACUGAAAAGAAGUGUGUGUUACUGAGCAGACUGAAAAAAAUCCAACAACUGGCACAGUGGACAAGGGCAAAGUUUGGAACUAUCUUUGGUAAAGCUUGUAAGUAUUUCUGCAUUAGUUUCAGCUACAUUCAGUGCAUAUACAAUUCAUAGAAGCUACUAGUUAUACACUUAAACUGUUUCUUUUUUCUUUAUAAAUCUGACCACUACAGAAGCAUCUACAAAGGAGUAAGAAGCUAGCCACGCUCUCCUUCCACAUGCCUGCGAAACCAAUCAGUGCCCAACAGCAGAAGCUAACUGUGGACCAAGUUACAAAACAUGCUAUUUGCUAGAACCUGCCUAUAAUUCAAGCUCAAGAAACAAGUGCCUAGCCUGCAACUGUACUUAGUCUAAUAUUAUUAUGGAACAAAGCAGUAGAUUCUUUUCAGAAAGUGAUGAGGUAACAACCAAAGGUAAACUAUCAGUUCAUAUGUACUGUACUCUUUGAAUAUUGCUGGGCCUCCAGGCUUAAUUCAAACUUUUUGACUUGAAAAAAAAAAAUCUUACUGAGCAAACAAAAUUGAGUACAUCUGUCUACAACAAUAAAAUCUAUGUUGACUGUA